AUGACAAGCUAUUCCUCCACGUCGAAUACAACGAUCCCUCCUCCCUCCUCUAAUCCCUCCGUCCUCCUUUCCUACCCAACCCCCGCGAUCCUGCUGGUCACGAUCAACCGCGUCAAACAGAUGAACUCGAUCCCCUUCCCCGUCCACUGGCACCUCCACCGCGUCUUCGAAUGGUUCGACAGAGAACCCACCCUGCGCGUGGCCAUCAUCACGGGUGCGGGUCCCAAGGCCUUCUGCGCAGGCCAGGACCUGAUCGAACUCGGAAAGCGGGAUCCCAAGGAAUUGGAGGAGAAGCCGUACCUCGCGUUGCACCCGCCGACCAGUGGUUUUGCGGGGAUUAGUCGCCGGUUGGGCAAGAAGCCCAUCAUCGCGGCCGUGAAUGGGUUUGCGCUCGGCGGGGGUUUUGAGAUUGUGCUGAACUGCGACAUGACAGUAGCCUCCCCAACCGCAACCUUCGGCCUCCCCGAAUCACUCCGCGGCAUCUACGCCGGCGCAGGCGGCCUGCCCCGCCUCGUCCGCAACGUUGGGCUCCCACUGGCCUCCGAGAUCGCAAUGACGGGCCGCACCUUGUCGGCCGCCGAAGCCCUGCGUUUCAACCUGAUCAACCACGUCUCCAGCAGUCCCGCGACGCUGCUGGAUGAGGCCGUGGCGCUUGCCCAGAAAGUAGCGGACAUUUCGCCGGACGCCAUCAUCGUGACGCGCGCGGCCAUUAGAGAGACGUGGGAGAAUGGGUCCGUCGAGCGCGGGUUUCAGUUGGUCGAUGAGCGGUUGAAGCGCGGGUUGAUGGAGGGGGAGAAUUCGAGGGAGGGGCUCGCUGCUUUUCGGGAGAAGAGGAGGCCCGUGUGGAAGGCUAGUAAGUUGUGA